GAGGCCAUGCACGUAGCUAGCCAACAGCUUGGUUUGCGUUUAUUCUCAUUCUUUCUCGCCGCACAGAGAAAAGAAAGAGAGGCACACAGACAGAGUCAGCAUCAAACAGAGAUAGAAAAACAGCCCUUUUUACUAGCCGGACUGUUUUCCGCCAGCCGCUAAUUUUUAGAUCGGAGAACUCGCUCUGGUCAAACACCCUCGUGCACAAGAUACAGGGGUCGUGAGUCUCACACACACGCUCUGCGCUAUAGCAUUCCACCCCCAGAUCGGGCCCCCGCUUAGGCUUUGCUACGACAACCUGCAUCUGUCAGAGCAGCCCCAACGAUACAUCACCACAUUCCUUCACUGUACCUGUACUCCAUUUGCUAAGAAAAAAGAAAAUUAUAGAAACAAUAGAAAGAAAUCCGCUGAUCUCCCGAUUCACAAUGCGUUUGAUUACCAGAAAGCUUAAAGUACUCCUGUUUGCCAUCUUCGGGCUGUUGCUGCUGACACUGAUCAUCAGCAAACAGUCGGCGACGGUGUCACAGUUGCUGGAGAAAGACCACGGCAUGAUAAUCCAAGAAGACCGCAAUCUCAUACAGGACGGGCACAAAGCCGGCAACCAGCAUCACGAUGACACUGCGAACCACAACAGCAACCAGAAGGUCGAGGUCCCUGAGAGCAGCCUAGGCUCCGACCAGUCUUCCCACGACCCCAGUCUGGAAGUAAAAAUCCCCCCGAGUAACGGCGAUGCAGCCCCAGCCAACGACCACCCUGAUGUUAAGAAUGCCCCUGCGAAGAUACAAUCAGGACACCACGGCGACCAGGAAGAAGCUAAAGGCACCAAAGAGACCAAGGGCGCCGAGGACAAGGGCUCGUCCGAGAGCUCACCAAAAGAGAUGGACACAUCCAAGGACACAUCAGAGGUUUCAGAGAACUCUUCAGAGAAUUCAUCUGAGGAAUCAUCAAAAGACUCGGAAGGUGCCUCCCAUGACAACUCUGAUCCCCAGUUGCUCCAGGACUCAUCCUACGCGCAGUCCGAAUCUGAAAACGACCUCGUUGACGAGGAUGUAGUCAAAGAAAUCAUUGAGGAAUAUGUUGAAGAAGAGACAAAAUCCAAAAACCCAGGCGAAGAGGUUGUCGAUAAAGACUGGACCAUCAACAUUAACGAAAAACUGUCCAAGGUCACUUCUGAACAGUUUUUGAAAGGCAGCAAAGUCACCAAGACGUUCUUUUCCCAGCUUUUACAUCUGAUCUACGGGAACCGAUUGUCGUUCCCUUUAGAGCAAAGAAUGCAGAUGGAAAAUGGUAAAACAAUUAUCGACAACAUUCUCUUCUACUCUGAAAACCAAGAACGUCUGUCCGAGUUCGACUGUGGAACAUUCAUGGACUUUCCUGACAAUUUCAUUGAGGAUCUAACUAUCAAACAUAAAAUCGUUGUUGACAAUAUUCCGGACAUCGAACCAAACUUCUAUUCCGGGUCAGGAUACGUCAUUGUAGGAGGUGGCAAAUACUCAUGGUUUGCUUUUUUGGUCAUUCAAACACUCAGAAAAUUGGAUGCCUUCUUGCCCGUCGAAGUCAUCAUACCUUCAAAUGAUGAUUACGAAGCUGAACUCUGCGAGAAAAUUUUACCGAAAUACGACGCCCGUUGUGUCAAGUUACAUGAUGUCUUCGAUGCCAAAUUGUUGGACGACAUCAAGGUCACAGGAUACCAAUACAAAUCGCUAGCGUUGCUUGCUUCCUCCUUCGAAAAUGCAUUUUUAUUGGACUCUGACAAUUAUCCAAUAAUAAAUCCAGACCCGCUGUUCAUCUCAGAAUUAUACUACGACUAUACAAUGAUUACAUGGCCAGAUUAUUGGCGUAGAACGACGUCUCCGAAAUUUUAUGAAGUUAGAGGCACAAAAUUAGGUAAAAGAGUUCGUCAUUUGAACGACUUCAAAACAGAUCCCAGCCAUUUUAAAGUGGAAAACGAAGAUGACGAUGAAGAGAUACUAAAAAAUGAAGUGCCUAUGCAUGACAGAGAAGGUUCCAUUCCUGACUGGACUACGGAGUCUGGUGAAAUGCUGAUUAACAAAAAGAUACAUUUUAAAGCCUUACUUUUGGCCCUUUACUACAACCUAGACGGCCAGUUCGGUUAUUAUCCUUUACUAUCGCAGGGCGGUGCUGGAGAAGGUGACAAGGAAACCUUCGUCGCCGCCUCAAACUUUUAUAAUCUCAAAUACUAUCAGGUCAAUAAGAUGCCAGAUCGUGCCUACGGCUUCUACAAGUAUGGAAUGUUUUUCGACACUUCAAUUAUUCAAUACAACCCGCUGAAGGACUAUGAAAACUUGAAAAAAGCUUAUGAAGGUAUCAAGGAUAAGAUUGAAGAAGAGGGUGAGUCAUUCAAUUACGAUUAUACGAGCCUAUUUACUGACGCCUUUAGAAUAGAUAAUUCUCAGCCUAUGUUCUACCAUGUUCAUGAAACAAAGAUGGAUCCUUUUGCCCUUUACGAGGAGAAUGGAACCGUCGACUUAGAUGGCAAAAAGUUGAGAAAUCUAGGCGGCGACUUUCCGAGAGUCGAUUUUGAUCUAGAAAAAUUCCUUUGGCAAAUGAUUGAGCGUUACGUUUGUGUCGAGAAUCUAAAUUUUGCGUACUUUUCUGGCAAAGACAAAGGUGCUGUCUGUGGCGACUUCAUCAAAGACCAACUAAAGUUUUUAGACGAAAGUGGCUACCAACUUUUGAAACAAUACAUAGAAACAGAACCAUUCGAAAAUUUAAAAAGAACGAACUAGAUCAAGUUCUCUAUUUGCUUUUCUAUCUACCUUUUUAUACAAUUUUACAUUUAUCUUUUUAUCUUUUGACUUUUCUUUUUUUUUCUUUCUCUCUUACUCUUUUCCUAAGCUAAACUUUUCUAUUUCUUUCUUUCUCUCCAUCUCUCUCUCUUUCUUUUAUGAUUACAUGUCUUCCUUGUCUUACUCAGGAAGUAUGUCCUUGCUUAAAAAAAUUCAUUUACUAGUAUAAAAAUAUUUUGUCUUUCGUUUUUAUAGCCUUUGAAUAGAUCAUUUUCUCC